CUCUCGGUCGCUACGCACUUCAUGUAGCCUACUACACAACACAGCCCAUGUUCUUCUGGUCAAUAAUUUAAACGGGUUUUGUACAUUGGAUUGGAACACAACACCCGAGCGCACAGCGUAAAGACGCGCAGACCUAUUCCAUAGUGUGAUGUUUCAAGCUAUAUCUGGAAUUUGGAGAUGCCCACCUUUGCCAAUGAGGCAUCACCACUGCUCACAAGGAUCCCUUCCAGAGGAACCUUGUGUCCUGAUCCCAGGCUGCAUGGUCUCGGAAUACCAGGAAAAGUACCCUGCCUACUGCACCACUGUUGUCCGGGCAGCCAAGAAGCAGAAUAAUGAGUAUCAGCCACUGGAGGGAAGGAUAUCCAACAUGACCACUUUCAAGUCAGACUACGUGGCCCAUGAAGUGACCCAGAGGCCCCCAAAGGUCACCAAGGUGUAUGUGCCACCUGACGGGAGAAUGAGACACAGCAGCACCUACGCCAGGGACUACCCAUCACACCCUGUUCAGAAGCACACCGUGACCAAGCCGGAGGAGUAUCAUCCGCCCACAGCAAAGAUGGUCGCUCAGUCCUUAUACACAGGGGAAUUCCGAGCAUGGCACAACCAGAAAGUCCAACCCUACAGGACCUGUGACAACCUGAAGCUGAACGACAGCAAGUUCGAGGUGACCACCACCUUCCAAGACGACUACUGCCACAAGGGCCCGGCCGAGGCCAGGGAGAGCUUCAAACCGGCUGCCAACGCCCGGGAGACCCUGCCCUUUGACAGUGCCACCAACUACCAGACGCAGUAUGUCCCCCACCCGGUCCAGCCCAGGCAGCCCAAAGAGAGGGCCGUCUACAGGCCUACCAGCGCCCCCCUCAAUGGGGUCUCCACCCACAGGCAGGACUACCGGGGCCUGCAGGCUGAGCCCGCCAAGCCCUUUAGGGCCAAGGUGGCCUGGGAGAGCAGCCCAGCUGUAUUCCAGGGGACCAGUGAGUUCCGCGACCAGUACAAGGCCUGGCCCCUGCAGCCCAAGCACCGGCACCAGGCUGAGGAGUACUGCCCACCCGAGGGCACUAUGGUCGGUCUGUCCACAGCUCAUGCUGACUAUCUCGACCACGAGAGCCAGCAGCGGCCCCAGUCCGCCCGUCCCCCGGUCGAGGCCUGGACAAAGGAGGCCAGAGAGCCCCUCCAGACCAGGUCCACCAUGAAGGAGGACUACCGGACCUGGGACGUGGUACGUCGUCCCCCCAUGGUCUACGCAGAUGAGCUAGAGAAACCCAAGGGAGCUUUCGCCAAUACCACCACCUUCCGCUCAGCAUACACGCCCAAGACGGCCCAGCGCGCCACCAGCUUUAAACCCACCCAGAAGCUGUUGAGCCCCCAGACCAUGGAUGUAGACUCCAUCUAUCGCUCCACCUACACACCCAAGGAGAUCCCACCUUGUCCAGCCCGGGAUGGCUGUCCUCCUGGCUUUCAGUACAGCUCCAUGGGGGCUGGAGGACACAGGCUGUACCGAACCAUCUCGGUACAGGAAACGGGGCUGAGUCAGCUGGCCGCUGCAACGUCCGACAAGUCCUCUUACUCCCACAGCAGAAAGAGCUGCAGGGUCCCCAGCCGAGCCAAGAGGGCGCCAUAGAGUCCCGAUCACAGACCUGCACACACACAGCUAGCUAGAGGGGAUUCUUAUAUUUCUAUUCAAAUAUAUUAAUUGACAUUUUAGAUGAAUUCAUCACGAGCACCUCAGGUAUUUUGUAUGGUCACUCACAUAAAAAAAGCAUAAUCCUGAUUGUUAGAGCUUUUUUUUAUAUACAAAGAAUUCAUAACAAUUCUUACUUUGAAUAUUAUGUAAUUGUUAAGCUGUUUUCUAUUUAAUGUUAACAAUGUGGACACGAAGAUCAGACACCAUUUAGCAUGGUAAUGCACCUAAUGCGUAUGAGCAAUAUAAUCCAUGAGGCUUUUGUUCAUGAGCUGAAUAAAAAAGCCACAAUUCCAUUA